AUGUGGUUGUAUCUUCAAAAGAAGAGCAACCCCAAGUUGAAGGUACUCCUAUCGAUCGGUGGCUGGACCUACUCUGCCCACUUCGCUCAGCCUGCGUCCACCCCCGAAGGUCGGGCCAAAUUCGCGAGCAGCGCCAUUCAGAUCUUACAGGAUGUUGGUUUCGAUGGCCUCGACAUCGAUUGGGAAUAUCCUACCAAUGAUGCGCAGGCAGAAGACAUGGUCCUACUUCUACAGGAGACUCGUCGCGCUCUUACCGAAUACUCUAAAAACCAUGCGCCUGACCAGAAAUUACUACUCACCGUUGCUUCACCCGCAGGCCCCAUCAACUACAACAAGAUGAAGCUCAAGGCAAUGGAUCAGUACCUUGACUUCUGGAAUUUGGUCAGUACUUUUGAAUCAUUCAGUCACACUGACUGCUAA